GGUGUAGCUACUUUAAAAGUGUUAGUCUUAUCUGGGACAAAUUUUAAAAUGUACUUAAGUCUGUUUAUGUUGUCUUAUUUUACUAUUAUUAGAGCUGAAUAUAAAGUUGGCGUUGGAAUAGCGGACUGUACUGGACCCCCAACCGAAAUAUAUUUUAUGGGUUAUCUUUCCCUAGGGCAAACAGGUCUUGGAAUCCACCUGCGCCAGUUUGCUCGCACCUUCAUCAUAGACGAUGGUACCAAUCGAACCGUCUUCGUCAGUACCGACACACUCGGAACGUCUCUGUACGUCCGACAAGCGGUAUUAGCCAAUCUAUCCACUUUCCACAAAGGCAUCUACAACCAACAAAACGUGAUAAUCAGUGGAAUCCACACCCACCAAACACCCGGAGGGUACUUCAAGGACUUCUUAUACGACCUCUUGGUUAGAGGUUUCGUCAAACAAACCUUCGACUAUCUCGUGGAAGCCAUAAUCAAGUCGGUUGUAAGAGCCCACGACAAUUUAGCCGACGCGCGAAUUUUUCUCAAAAGUGGUACACUUCUCGGUACUAACGAGAACAGACAACCAGAUGCGUACCGUCUCAACCCGCAGGAAGAAAAAUCGAGGUACCGCUACAACGUUGACAAAAUUCUAGUACAACUAGAGUUUGUACGAAAAUCCGACAACAAAACUGUUGGUGCUUUCAACUGGUUUCCGGUACACCCGACGUCCCUGGAUGGCAGAAACCGGUUGGUUAGUACCGAUAACGUCGGAUAUGCGUCCAUUUUGCUGGAACAAUACAUGAACGGAAACACCUUCCUAGGAAAGGGACCAUUCGUUGGGGCUUUCGCAUCCACAAACCUAGGAGACGUGGCACCAAUUUCCACGUGCGGAAAAAACGAGCAGUGUUCCGAGCAAGCUCUCCUCAAGAAUUUGCAAAUCGUGGCUAAAAACCUCUUCAAUAAAGCUUUAGACUUGUUGAAACAAGACGGUGUUGAGGUACUCGGGACGGUUAAAUUCAUUCAUCAGUACCUCGACAUGUCGCAAGCGAAAUUUACGCGGGUGCGCCCAGAUGGUACCCAAGACGAAAUCCACGGGUGCCUACCUUCCAUGGGUGGUGGCGUGAUUGGUCAUGAUCCAAUCUUGAACGGUCUCUUGGACACCCUUUCUUUGCUCACACCUGAAGAUGCAGCCUGUCAAGCCCCGAAAAAGAUUUUCCUCAAUAGUGGACGGGCUACAGUUCCGUACCAGUGGCAACCUAAAAUAGUUCCGACGCAAGUCACCAUGUUUGGGAAUGUGGUACUUGUGGCAGUACCGGGAGAGUUUACGACGAUGUGUGGGCGAAGGGUCAAAGACGCGGUUAAGAGUGUAGUGGGAACGAAUAACACGGAAGUAAUCAUUGCAGGACUCAGCAAUAUUUACUCGAGCUACGUGACGACAUUUGAAGAGUACCAGUUUCAGGGUUAUGAGGGAGCGUCUACUCUUUACGGACCAUACACGUGUGACCUGUAUAUAAGUCAGUACACGAAGUUAGUGACGGCUUUAGUCAAGAAUUUGGGGUUGCCGCCAGGACCGGAACCACCACAAUUCCCGAAGGAACUAGUCUCACUGGUACCACCAGACACUUUUGACGGUUCUGGUUUAGGAAAACAAUUUGGGGACUGUAUUCAGCAACCGCCGUCUAGUGUGUCCAAAGGAGACACAGUUGUUGUCAAAUUCGUUUCGGGAAAUCCAAGACAUGAUGCUCUCCAUGGUGACUCAUUUUUGCUUGUGGAAAGAAAAGUUGACAGUCGAUGGGUGUUUGUGGCUUCUGAUGCCAACUGGGAGACUAAAUUUCAGUGGGAACGGACCAAUAUUGUGACCGGAGAAAGUACCAUUACUGUUAACUGGACGGUUACUGGAGGUGUGGUACCAGGGGAGCAUCGGAUCACCCAUAAAGGGUACUAUAAACCGUUGAUUGGGGAAAAGAAAUUGUAUACGGGUCGUACUGAAACUUUUAACGUUAAGUAGUACUCUACUUACGUCACUCAUUUGAAAGUAAAAUUCUAAAAAUGUUUCUAAAUUUCAAAGCUACAAAAAUUGGUAUAAAGCUAUUUAGACAGAACUUUCCUCUCUCCUGAAGUACCAUCAAACAAA